GCGGAAGAGGAAAGUCUGCAAAGGGCGUUAUUUUUUAAAGAAGCUAAGUUAGCAACGAUAAUUUAAGCUAGUAAGAUAGCUUUGGACCGAUAUAAUAAUAAAACGGCCCGUUUACAGUAUAUUUCCAGUGAAUGUAUGGAAACCGAUAGGGUUAACAGUCAAUCGUUAUAAUAGGUAAACGUAGUUAAAGUUGGGCUUGCGAACUAGCUUUAACGUUAUCCAAUGUUUACUGCUAAUGCAGAAUGUGGUUAGCUGAUUGUAAACGGUCUUAACCUAACCGCAGCUAGCUAACCUAGCUAACAUUAACGUUAGCAAGCAAAAGUCCUGUAGCAGUUAAGUUGCGUUAGUUACUACUCGUUAUCCACCUUAAGACACUGCAUCUCUGUUACCGACCGUGAACGUCUGGUUUUAAAACUCGUUUUUUUUCUCAGUUAAGUUAACCUACAUAUUAUAUAUAGAAAGGUGGAAAUAAUGCACCACGUCAAGAUCAAGACUGAAAGGCCAGAUUUAGAGGGGACUGGUGCACGCAGCAGAUUGGAUGCUGUGUUAAAGGGACUGGUAGAGAGGAGUGAAAAUGAAAGGGAGCAAAAUGAGGGCGAUACUGGAAAAAUAUCAGCAGACUCUUUAAACAAGGAUUUGUCUCCAUCAUCUGCAGGAAAAAGGCCGUCAGCUCGAUUUCCACAGCACCGGAGGAAGAAGCGAAAAGAAAUGGAUGAGAGCAUACCAGAGAGCAAUCAGCAUAAACAAAAUUCCUACAUUAUUAAGUUGUUUGAUCGCAGUGUGGAUCUGGCUCAGUUCAACACCAGCACCCCACUGUAUCCUAUCUGCCGUGCCUGGAUGAGAAACAAUCCUUCUGUUCGAGAGCCAGCUGCUUCCCCAAGCCCCCCACACAGCAUGGUAGAGGAAGAGGUUACAGACAUGAUCAAUGGUAAAGGUCAGAUUGUGUACAGACUCCCUUCUCCAACUUCUUGUCCAAUCACUACCUCUGGUGAACCCAUCAAUCUCAGGAUCCCACAGACUGAAAAACCCACUGUUACCAAGUUAACAGAUUCAGUUCCUGUAUCAGGUUCUCUCAUAUGUGACCACAUGGAACGUUGGAAAAAGAUAAGGCAAAAAUGGAAGGAGUGCUCUAACAAGAACCAGUUAAGAUACAGCGAGAGUAUCAAGAUCCUUAAGGAGAUGAAGGAGCUCUAUGAUCACUAACUGGCUUGUAGCUCUCCAGCACAGAAUGGACUCUAUGCAGUUGGAAAGGAGCCAUGGCGUAGCAAUCAAUGUUUGAAUACAUCUGCCAUCUACUCAAUCCAACUCAUAGGAAAGCAUGAACAGAACCUUGAGCCUUAAAUAGACCACAUGUCCUAUGGAUCAAAGAAAAUAAUAUUUUGAAGGAUGUUUAAGUUUGUUGCAAUUUUUGUGCGGGGAAGUCUUCUAGUGUAAUGUGGGACUGCUUUUAUUCAUAAUAAUUCAGUGUAGAUGUCUGAAUAAAUCUUGUGGUCUUUUCCACUUUCAGAUUCCUGAACUUGAACACAUAAGUAUCACAGAACAGAGAAAAUAAGAGGUUAGACUUAGACUUUAGUCUGCAUUAGUCCCUGGCAGGGAAGAUAUUGUUGCUUCAACAUGUGAAAGACAUUUCAAUUCAACAGGCUUUACUGGCACGACAUUUGGCAUGCCAAAGCAUUAUCAUUAUCAGUUGUACUGCGGUCAGGUGACUGACUUGGCCUGUGACAAACGAUCCAUGUUUGGCCUUGGUUACCUUUUUUUGCAUGUUUGUCCUGCUACAUUGUUCAAAUUAAAUGUUCUCUCACAGUGAUUUAAAACCA